CCUUCAAAUCUUUUCUCCUCACAUCACGAUUGUUCUCUCUUAGCAAGCAAAGUAUCAGUUCCAUUACGCUAAAUUCUUAGCUUUCCUUCGCUAAAAAUUUCCAAAUCUGCAUUUUCUGUUUGGUUCCUUUGGUUGCGUACGAGGCAAUGGCAGACGUGCUGAUGGCUGAUGCAGAGACAUUCGCCUUUCAGGCCGAGAUCAACCAGCUUCUGAGCUUGAUCAUCAAUACUUUUUACAGUAAUAAGGAGAUUUUCCUUCGUGAGCUUAUUAGCAAUGCUUCUGACGCUCUGGAUAAAAUCCGAUAUGAGAGCCUGACUGAUAAGAGCAAGUUAGAUGCUCAACCGGAGCUUUUCAUUAGGCUUGUGCCGGACAAGGUUAACAAGACCCUCUCCAUCAUCGACAGUGGCAUUGGCAUGACUAAAGCAGAUUUGGUGAACAACUUGGGUACGAUUGCAAGGUCUGGAACCAAGGAGUUCAUGGAGGCAUUGCAAGCUGGAGCCGAUGUGAGCAUGAUCGGACAAUUCGGUGUUGGUUUCUACUCUGCUUACCUCGUUGCUGAGAAAGUCAUUGUGACCACAAAGCACAAUGAUGAUGAGCAGUACAUUUGGGAGUCCCAAGCUGGUGGCUCCUUCACUGUCACGGGGGAUGUCGGUGGGGAGCAACUUGGUAGGGGUACUAAGAUUACUCUUUUCCUUAAGGAAGAUCAGUUAGAGUACUUGGAGGAGAGGAGGAUCAAGGACCUAGUGAAGAAGCACUCCGAGUUCAUUAGCUACCCAAUGUAUCUCUGGACAGAGAAGACAACCGAGAAAGAGAUCAGCGACGAUGAAGAUGAUGAACCAAAGAAAGAUGAGGAAGGAAAUGUGGAGGAUGUCGAUGAGGAGGAGAACAAAUCAAAGAAGAAGAAGAAGAUCAAGGAAGUGUCUCAUGAAUGGCAACUAAUCAACAAGCAAAAACCGAUCUGGUUGCGUAAGCCGGAGGAGAUCACUAAAGAUGAGUAUGCCUCUUUCUACAAGAGCUUGACUAAUGAUUGGGAGGAACAUCUGGCCGUCAAGCAUUUCUCGGUUGAAGGACAGCUUGAGUUCAAGGCCAUUCUCUUUGUACCAAAGCGAGCUCCGUUUGAUCUCUUUGACACUAGGAAGAAGAUGAACAACAUCAAGCUGUAUGUUAGGAGGGUGUUCAUUAUGGACAACUGUGAGGAACUUAUCCCCGAGUACCUUGGAUUUGUGAAAGGUGUCGUCGACUCGGAUGACUUGCCACUCAACAUCUCUCGUGAGAUGUUACAACAGAACAAGAUUUUGAAGGUGAUCAGGAAAAACAUUGUGAAAAAGUGCAUUGAGAUGUUCAAUGAGAUCGCUGAGAACAAGGAGGACUACAACAAAUUCUACGAGUCUUUUUCGAAGAACCUGAAGUUGGGUAUUCAUGAAGACAGCCAAAACAGGGCCAAGUUAGCCGACCUUCUUCGAUACCACUCGACCAAGAGUGGCGAUGAGUUGACAGGUUUGAAGGAUUACGUCACCAGAAUGAAGGAGGGGCAGAGAGACAUUUAUUACAUCACUGGUGAAAGCAAGAAGGCAGUGGAGAACUCCCCGUUCUUGGAGAAACUGAAGAAGAAAGGAUACGAAGUUCUUUUCAUGGUCGAUGUCAUUGAUGAGUAUGCCGUUGGACAGUUAAAGGAAUACGAUGGCAAGAAGCUCGUCUCCGCCACAAAGGAAGGUCUGAAGCUAGAAGACGAGACUGAGGAAGAGAAAAAGAAAAAAGAGGAGAGAAAAAAGUCUUUUGAGGAUCUCUGCAAGACUAUUAAGGAUAUUCUAGGAGACAAAGUGGAGAAGGUUGUAGUCUCCGACAGGAUUGUCGAUUCGCCUUGCUGUCUGGUUACCGGAGAGUACGGGUGGACAGCUAACAUGGAAAGGAUUAUGAAAGCUCAGGCCCUGAGGGAUAACAGCAUGAGUUCAUACAUGUCAAGCAAGAAGACUAUGGAAAUCAAUCCCGACAAUGGAAUCAUGGAAGAGCUGAGGAAGAGAGCUGAGGCUGAUAAGAACGAUAAGUCGGUCAAGGAUCUUGUGCUGCUGCUGUUUGAGACCGCGCUUUUGACCUAUGGGUUCAGCCUGGAUGAUCCGAACACAUUCGCGGCUAGAAUCCAUAGAAUGCUGAAGCUGGGUCUGAGCAUCGAUGAUGAGGAUGAAACCGGUGUUGAUGAUGCUGACAUGCCUGCUCUCGAGGAAGAUGAAGCUGAGGUAAGCAAGAUGGAGGAGGUAGAUUGAAACCGUAAAAAAAUAUAUUAAGUGAAAUUUCUUUAUGGAUGUGAGUUUCGUUGUUCUGUUUUGAUAAAGGUGGAUUCUGUCCUUGUCUUCUC